CCUCACGAUCCCCAUGAAGAACAUAUUUUUACAGAUGCGCCCCACCCAGAAGUAAAAGUGCCGCCCCACCACCACCUUCUGUUCAUCAUGCGAAAUAAUCUACAACAAAAAGACACCCGCCAGAUCAGACUUCCCAGAUUAGAUCUACCGCAGAACUCCCGAACACAUUUUCAUGACAGCGUCAUGAAUUGGAGCGAUAAAAGUCGAACGUCCGCAUCUUCCGUACCCAAGAGACUAGCUGUACCACCACAGCAGCGAAGAAACCUGGCAUUCCAUCGAGACUCUUCUAGGAAUUCAUCUUCGAGAAGCGAACAUCAAAGCUCUCCAAAGCGACGGAGAAUGUCAGAGGAAGACGACCCCUGGGGCGCUGCGGCGCCGCCUCCUGCGCCAGAACUUUCUUGGGAUGCUUUGGCUCCGCCAACAGUUAACGCUGCAUCAUCUGCUGCUUGGAACGGAGACGAAUGGGAUGAUGCAUACGCACAUGCUGACAAGAAGACAAAGGAGUCUUCUGGCGGUUCAGAGGAUUUGAUGUGGGGAGCGCCGCCUGGAGCAGUUCCAGUUGGUGCUAGUGGUAUAUCAGGCCUGGACAAUGAUGGCUGGGACGAUUUAUCACCACCUGCUUUGGGUCGUGGCAGUAAUGAUGUUGGCGAUGCUGGUUGGGACUUUGGUGGAACUGGACCUACUGUGUCGACUUCCAAGGAUGUUUUUGCAAAUGAAGGCACAAAAGCUGCAGCUGCUAACGAUGGUGUUGGCUGGGGAGUUGAAGCAGCACCUGUAAGUGUAAGUUCUUCUUCUGUUGUUGGCGGUUCGAAUCCUUUUCGCGAGGACAAUAACUCUGCAGCCUGGGGUGUUGCUCCUCCUGCAAAUCCUUUCAAAGACGAUACUAAGGAAGAUGACAGCAGAGCUACUCCAUGGGGCCCCGUAGCGCCUUCCGCGAACCCUUUUCCACCAAAGCAAGAUUCCUCUCAAACCAGUGCGUGGGGAGUUGGAGUAGCAGACCCGUCUUUGGAAGCCACAGCUUCUUGGGGAGUAGCAGCUCCUUCCUCAGCUCCAGCAGUGCAAAUUUCUUCUUCAGGCAUCGCUGCGUGGGGAGUAGCAGCUCCUUCCCCAGCUCCAGCAGUUAAGCAGAAAAAGGAGUCUUCAAGCACGUCUGAUCUACGUGGCAAGCCAGUAAACGAUGCUCCACAGCAGCAAGUGACUAAAUUCGCGAAGAAAUUUGCAGAAGUGGAAGAAAACGAGAACGACCAAGAGAAAUCUAGUACUACUACACCGAACGGAUCAGCUUCAACUUCGACUGGUAGUUUUCAACCUGUUACCCGACAAAAAGCAGGACCUAAACCUCUUUCGAGGAGUAGUACGCCACCAAAAUUAUAUGUUGCUCGUGAUGCUGUGGUGCAUUGGGAUAAUUUACAACGGAGUGGGAAUGGUGAAGGUGCUACUGCAAGCAGUAAUCGUGGUACUAGUGCUGCAAAUGCAGUGAAACGUCGAUGGGAUCCAGCAUAUCCCGAACAUGGAUGCUUCGUAUAUCCAGACGAGACAAAGCUGAUAUCUUCUGGCGUUUCUCAGGAGAAUUCACAUCUGGUAGCGAGAGAAGAUAUCGACGGCCGUCCAGGAGAUGAUCAUGUUUUGCUUGAUGAUUUUCGCACUGACUAUAGUCCCAAAAAUACGUCAGAAGAUCAGCACACGCUUGUACCUUCAACACAUGAUGAAACAACUCUAGAUUUAGAACGACAACUUUAUUCUACUUCUGUUGCAGAUGACAGCAUACCAGAUGCACACCAAGCUGACGUGGAACCACCAAUACCAGCAGACGCAGAGCAACCUCAACAGCCUCCAGCUCGAGAAGCGGAACGCCCAGCUCAAGAAGCUCCAGAAGAGCGCAUGCUAGAGAUUAAUUUUGGAAAGAUGAACCGGAGAACGUUAUUCGCAGCCAGCAUUCAAUUGAAUGACAGUCUACAUUCAGAUUCGAAGCUCAUAGAGGCGUCGCACUUCAAGUUGCAAGUGGUAUUUUUAGAGUUUGUGUUUAUACGUACGUGUGCAUGUUCUGUCAGCUACUGAGGGCAGCAGUCCAAUAUGUUCCUCUUAGAACCAUUGCCAGGUGUAGUUUUCGUCCAAGAUAGGUCUAUAAGUCACUUACGAACUAGAGGAAAACUUUGAUUUUCCAUCUUCGUCAAGAAUACUCCUCGUCCACAACCAGGUACCCCAAGGCACCUCCAUUCUUCUGGGUUUCCGCACGCGAAAAAUGCGAGAGCACGUGGCUGAGCAAAUAGCUGAAGGGUCAUUGAGUUCUCUGGGUGGAGAUGUUGUGGAUGAGUUUUCUAGUGAAGCAGUCGAGAACGCAGCUGAGAAAAUGGCAAGAGAGCUGGAAUUUUUGGAUGAAAAAGAAGAUGUACCAGAUUGGGAACCACCCUGAGAUAUUGCGGAUUGUUUCUCUAUCUUGCUCCUUGUUUUUUGUCGCGCACCAGGUAACGAUGUUUAACAUUCCAUGCAGUGUUAAGUUUUCAGCAAAAAGCAACCGUAAGAGCGUUUUUUCC